AUGUGUGUGGAACAUCUUGACAGACUGAUGCAGGAGAAGAUGGAGGAAUGGAGGCAGGUCAAGAGGAGCCAAGUUAAGCUUUGGAUGCUGAUCAACACUAUCGGCAUGAGUAACUGCGUGCCGGAAGUCAAGCAAUGGGCACCAAUCGUGCGAGACUUUAAGAUGGGCGAUGAUAUGCUCGAGUUGGUGCAGAAGCCACUUCACAGGAAAAACUUCGAAUUGGAGCGGAAGAUUGCGAACCAGCGACUGCCGCCCUCCUCUACAUGGAUCAUUCUCGAGGCCGUCUACAAUUGGAUGGUGGUAAAUGAUACUCGGUGUGGAUUGUAUCUCGAUCCGCCGACGAUUGGGACGUCCGCCAUCCAACAGGUCGUGAACUUCACCAGCUGCGAUCGCACCACUGCCGCAAGGAUCCUCAGGAACCACAACUGGAACGCAGAGCAAGCCAUCAACGGGUACGUUCCAACCCGCGUCCUUGCGUCUACCCAUCGCCCCAACUAG